UAUCUCAUUAGUCUACAUUUUUCAAAUGUGUUUAUUUAGUUAUUGAGGUUAUAAAAUUGAAAUGGAUUUUGCAGAGCUGUCUAACGAUCCAAAUAUAAUAAAUAAAUUAACACAAUUUUAUAGAGGAAUAGACGGAAUUGAAAAUAUUCUGAAAAUUUGUACAGAUGAAUCUUUAUCUGAUAAGCUAACGAAUACAGAAAAAAUUAAACUCCAUACUUUGUUGUCAUUUAGUCUCAAUAGUCUCUUUUGGAUGCACUUGAGAGCAGAAGGAGCUGAUCCAAAGGGUCAUGAUAUUAAUGGAGAGAAUGAUAGACUAAAAAGAAUUAUGAUUAGAGCACAAGAAAUAAGCAUGUCUAAAAAACCAACACCAAAAUUAGACACAAAUGCUGCUAAAAGGUUUAUAAGAAGUGGUUUAUGGGAGCCCAAACGAAAUGAAGAAAAUAUCGAUCAAUCUGUAGAUGAUGACGAUGAAGAAGAUGAUGGUGGUUUUGAACUUGUAGGACCCAGUACGAAUAAUACAUAGUGUAAUUUUUUAAUACAUAUUGUUAAAUGGAAUUUAUACACACGCUUAUAGAUUAUUUUUAAUUAUAUUACAUUAGUAUUGAAAAUAAACAUAUUUUACAUUUUC